CAAACAGCCAUGAUGCCUUACGAGGGGGUCCGUUGCCAGAUAGUGAUCCAUGUCGGAGACUGGCAAUACAAUGAGUGGAUUCACAACACAUGCUACUAGCGGCGCGUUACGUGAAGCCGCGGGGGGGAUGACCCGGUCACAUCUACGGUGUCUUCUCAACAGAUACACCGAGGAUCGGCGACUACCUCCCGGAGGAAAAUAUAAAAAAACCCGACAAAGAUGUACAACUCGGCUAGCACCAAUUACGCCUGCGCGGAUCACUAUUUGACACAUUUUCGGUUACCCUUACAGGCCCUUGCAGCCGGGCAGGCCAGCCAGCCAGCCGCCCCGGCGGCUCGAAACAAACAAAGGAUACUCAGGGUCAACAUCUUGGACUGGUAGUCGAAGGCGACCACUUCUCCUUGCAGACGUUGGCCCAAGCAGGUGAGGCAAGAGACAUGGCUCCCGACGCUGAAAUACUCCCCCGGUCCAGGAGCCGCCAUCUUCUCCGCCAGGAAACCGGAGCGCCUGCCUUACGUAAAACGACGCGAUGUCGUAUGGAGAGGAAACCUGGGCGUGUCCACUAUAUGUUUUGGGUGAGGACGCAGGCAUGGAGGCCGUUCACACCCAGGGCAUCUGGAUUGCUGAACGUCUGCAGCAGAGGACGAUAAGCCAUGAACAAAUGUGGCUGGUUGUCACUCAUAUUGGAGAUCCUAAAGCAGCCUUUCUGCUCGUCUUCCCCUUCACAUACUUCAUCAGCAAGCGGGCUGGAAUCGCGGUGCUUUGGAUAGCAGCCGUGUCGGAGUGGUUGAACUUGGUGUUUAAAUGGAUGCUGUUUGGAGAAAGGCCAUACUGGUGGAUCGGUGAGUCGCGUCUGUUUGUCAACAAGCAACCCAACGUUCACCAGUUUUCCUCCACCUGUGAAACCGGACCAGGCAGUCCGUCGGGACAUGCGAUGGUGACGGCAGCAGUCUGGUGGGUCCUGGUGUCCUCACUGGGCUCGUUCCUCUACUCACGUACUCGCAGUGUGAUGUUAGCAGCUGCUCCCUACCUGCUCUACGUGGUGAUGCUGGUGGCAGUUGGACUCUCCAGGAUCUUCAUCCUGGCACAUUUCCCCCACCAGGUCAUCGCUGGCUCCAUCACAGGUUUCAUUCUCGGCGUCGCUCUGAGCCGCCGAGUGCCAGACGGUCGCUCCCUGAUGUUCUUCUUCAGCCUCAGCACCGGUCUGCUGCUCGGCACCGUGAUGCUGCAUGCCGGGCUGCAGCGGCUGGGGAUCGACGUCUCCUGGUCUAUUGCUUUGGCUAAGAAAUGGUGCAGCCAUGCGGAGUGGAUUCGUCUGGAUACAGCCCAGUUCUCCUCUCUGACUCGAGACUGCGGCGCCCUCCUGGGUUUGGGGAUGGCCCAGUACUGGAAGCCCGGCGGAUGGUCUCUGCCUUGGGCUCCUCGGGCUUUGUCUCUGGCCAUUUCAUCCAUGGGGCUGUACCACGUCAAUCGUCUGCCGCUCCCGAUCCGACCACAGGGACUCUUCUACGGGCUGUUCUUCGUCAAGUUCGUCAUGGUGCCUCAGAUCGUCAUGGUGCUGGUGCCUGGACUGGUCCACCUGUUCACGCACAAGAAGAGGAAGGACUAGAAACUAUUUUUCUGUCUUUCACCUCUCCAAGGAUAAAAGUACUUCAUGUGUGCGUUAAUGUAGUUUCUCCAUUUAUUUUUCACUUUGUUUUUUGUGAGAUUACACUGGCCUUAAGUGUGAGGAUUUAAUUUGUUUGCACAUUUGCAGUAAAUCUAAAUACUGCAAUAAUAAUCUGUGUUAAUACUACGGUAUGUUUUUUGUGGGAAAAGAGUGCAUUAAAAAAAACACCUUCUCCCUUUAUUAAUGACGUUUUAGCCCUCAGACUUCCAUCAAGUUGAAAUCAAACAUAAAAAAGAUUUUCUCGAUUAAAUGUCUGAGGAUCGAAACAAUCGUUCAUGAAGUGAGUUCAAGUGUUCGAGACAGUCGAGGGAUUCAUUUAGACUUCGUAGUACCGUGAUUGUGACCUUUUAACCGCCUAUAUUACCCACAAUGCAACUCAACCUGCAGAAGAGAUGAGGAGCUGCUGCAGAGGUCUGGUGAACUCGCUUCUUCCAACUCCAGCAACUCAUUUUUUAUUUUUCAAUCUCGCGAUCUUCUGCCCGCGAGGCGGACUCGAGUGACAUCACUUGUCACAAUGUAUCGAUGUCUAUGAGAUCCAACACCUGCAAACAGACUUUGAUGUGGAAAAAUGGGCGGAGUUACAUUUUGAGCACAUCAGCAUGAAAUAAAAUUUUGCAACAAAUUAUACAAUUUAAAAAAUAACUCAGAUGGAGCAUUUCCAGAGAAAGGCUCAUACUUAAUACUUAAUAAAAACUUAAUAUAGUGAAAUGCAAUGCAACACUUAAUUUCACCAUUAACAGCUUUACAAUACACAAUGUUUUUGGGAGUGGUAAUGUAUUGCAUCAUAUUGUACAGAAGGUUACUAAGGUGUUAUAUGUUUAGUGGACCCACAUAAGAAAAUGUCAUGUUAAAUAUUCUUUAAAAAAAUAAAUGACUGACAUGCAGGGCGUGUUUCAGUUGGUAACCAUUUAUAAA